UUCACACGUGUGGUCGUGUCCUUAAUAUGAAAUUAUUUCAGUAUCUUCAUUUGGGUAUAUAGACUUUAUUGCACAAACGUUUGAAACGUGUGUGGUGUGCACUUGCGUAUGGAAAUGUAUUUUUUUUAUGUUGCUGUCCAUGGUGCUGCUCAAGUAAUGUGUGAAUCGCGUUUCCCUCUCUCAUACCCUGUAACUCUGAAGCAGUGGGUUUUAGGAGUAACGUAACCCUAAAAACUGGUUUUCUUUAUCCUCCAAGAUAGAAUGUUAACAAAAUUAAAGACUUUUGGUGUUAUGAAGUCAUACUGUGAUCGCUGUUCUUCAGUCAUGCUACCGUAACUUAUUCCUUCUAGAUCACUGAAUAUGCAAUUUCUUGUUUAAACACUUAGAGUCGCUGUUCACCUGUAAUAUCAUUGGAAUUUAUUUUCCUUGUCUCCACCCUGUUGGUGCUGUCAUGAACAGUGCUUUUAGAUCGUUUUAUGGAAAAUUGUCGACGCCUACGUUUUUUCGGGUCUUUUGUGUAUUAUUGUAGUUGUCGUAUUCAGAUAUACGGUUUGCAUUGCAUCUUGUGUUUCUGAAGUAUAUUUCCAAAUGGAUUUUCAAAGCUUUUGGCUUAAUCGUCAGAUUUUUGCCUUUUUGUUCUUCGUGCUGAUGGCGCACACCGCUAAUGGAGACGUGAGCUAUUCUUUUCCAGAGGAGAUGAAACGAGGAUCUGUGAUUGGAAAUAUAGCAAAGGAUCUCGGACUCGAUGUGAACAGACUGUCAUCUCGUAAGGCUCGCAUUGAUACUGAAGGUAACAGAAAACGAUACUGCGACAUUAAUCUGAAUACUGGAGAACUGAUCGUAGCGGAGAGAAUCGACAGAGAGGAGAUUUGUAGUGAGGGGCUUUCCUGUGCUCUUAAUUUCGAAUUAGUUCUAGAACACCCGUUGGCGAUGCAUCGUGUGACGAUACAAAUAGAAGAUAUUAAUGACAAUACACCAGUAUUUUCUAAAGAUGUAAUAAAGCUUGAGAUAAGUGAGAAUGCAGUGAAAGGCGCGCGGUUCCGCGUGAAUGAGGCUCACGAUGCAGACAUAGGAAGCAAUGGAGUACAAAGCUAUACUAUUGAAAAGAAUGAAAAUUUUAUUGUUUCUGUAAGUACAAAGGCUGAUGGUGGAAAAAAUAUUGAGUUAGUGUUGGAAAGAGAGUUGGAUCGUGAGCAGCAGAAAGAGGUAACAUUAAUUCUCACUGCGGUAGACGGCGGGACUCCACCGAGAUCAGGUACUGUAGCCAUACACGUCACUGUGCUGGAUGCUAAUGAUAAUGCUCCAGUCUUUAGUCAGGCCGUCUAUAAAGUCAGUCUGCCUGAAAAUUCUCCUCUAGAUACUGUAGUGGUGACAGUGAGUGCUACUGAUGCUGAUGAGGGACAAAACGGAGAAGUGAUGUAUGAAUUUAGUCACGUUAUGGAAAACUACAAACAAUCGUUUUACCUUGAUUCAAAGACCGGUAUAAUCAGCAUAAAGGGGCCAAUAGAUUUUGAGGAAGAAGCCACGUUUAGUUUGCGAAUAAUAGCUAAAGAUAUAUCGGGUCUGUCAUCUUACUCGAAUGUUAUAAUCAGUGUCAGUGACAUUAAUGAUAACGCCCCUAUAAUAAUAGUAAAGAAUUUGAAUAGCCCACUUCCCGAGAAUGUGUUACCCGGUACAGAGGUUGGCAUCAUUAAUGUGCAGGACCGAGACUCUGAGAAUAACGGACAGGUGCGAUGCUCCAUUCAACAAAACGUCCCAUUUAAACUCGUACCUUCAAUCAAAAAUUACUUUUCUCUGGUGACCACAGGUGAAUUAGACCGAGAGCUGCUCUCUGAUUAUAAUAUUACAAUUACUGCUACUGAUGAGGGCUCUCCGCCUUUAUCUUCCACUAAGAAUAUUCACCUGACAGUAGCUGACGUGAAUGAUAAUCCACCUGUAUUUCAGGAGCAGAGUUACAGAGCUCAUGUGCAAGAAAAUAACAAACCUGGCUCCUCUAUUUGUUCAGUAUCAGCUACAGACCCGGACUGGAGACAGAAUGGCACUGUAGUUUAUUCUCUGUUGUCCUCUGAUCUCAGUGGCGCACCGGUGUCCUCUUUUCUAUCCAUUAACGGAGACACCGGAGUCAUUCAUGCCGUGAGGUCGUUUGAUUACGAACAGCUGAAAAGUUUCAAAGUGCUCGUGUUAGCCAGAGACAACGGUUCUCCUCCUCUGAGCAGUAACGUGACCGUGAGUGUCUUCAUAACGGAUGAGAAUGACAACUCCCCUCAGAUAUUAUACCCCUCUCCGGAAGGAAACUCCUUCAUGACCGAGAUGGUACCCAAAGCUGCGCAGGCGCGCUCCUUGGUCUCCAAGGUGAUCGCCGUGGACGCGGAUUCUGGCCAGAACGCGUGGCUGUCGUAUCACAUUAUUAAAGCGACAGAUCCGGGACUUUUCACUAUCGGUGUCCACAGCGGAGAGAUCAGGACGCAGCGGGACAUUUCUGAAUCUGACAGCAUGAAACAGAACCUCAUUGUGUCCGUGAGAGAUAACGGACAGCCCUCUCUCUCAGCCACGUGCGCAUUGUAUUUACUUAUAUCAGAUAACUUGGCUGAAGUUCCAGAACUGAAAGACAUGUCUCGUGACGAGAGCAGCUCCAAACUGACGUUUUAUUUGAUCAUCGCGCUGGUGUCCGUCUCCACUUUCUUCCUGACCUUCAUCAUCAUCAUCCUGGCCGUGAGAUUUUGUCGCAGGAGAAAGCCCAGACUGUUGUUUGAUGGAGCUGUAGCCAUUCCCAGCGCGUAUCUUCCUCCAAAUUACGCAGAUGUGGAGGGCGCGGGAACUCUCCGCAGCACUUACAAUUAUGACGCGUACCUGACCACGGGCUCGCGCACUAGUGACUUCAAGUUCGUCAGAUCUUAUAAUGAAGACACGCUGACUGCUGACUUGACUCUGAAAAAGUCUGCUGUGGAUGAUCUUGAAGGGCUUGAUGCAGAGGCAAUGCGGGACAUUACCUCUGAAAAUAAGCAAAAACCACCCAGCGCUGACUGGCGUUUCACCCAGAACCAGAGGCCCGGGCCCAGCGGGGCUGCUGCCACUCCUGAGGUUGCCGUGGGAACAGGACCCUGGCCCAACCCCCCAACCGAGGCCGAGCAACUCCAGGCUCUGAUGGCCGCUGCUAAUGAAGUCAGCGAGGCGACCAACACUCUGGGUCCGGGCACCAUGGGUCUGAGCACCCGCUACAGCCCUCAGUUCACCCUGCAGCACGUCCCUGAUUACCGGCAGAACGUCUACAUCCCCGGCAGCACCGCCACCCUGACCUCCAACCAGCAGCAACCCCAGCAGGCCCUGCCGCCUCCACAGGCCGCCAUAGCCGCUGCCGCUGCCCAAUCUGAGCCGCCCAAAGCCGCCCAGACGCCCGCCAGCAAGAAGAAAUCCACCAAGAAAGAGAAGAAGUAGAGAUUCGUAGGUUUAGGGAGGUUGAAAUAGCUGGGCGACUCCAUUUUAUGCUGUUUUUGAGGUUUGCUGGAAUUCUGUAUUUCUUUAGAGAAAGGAAUUUAGGGUAAAAAUAAGACAGUAUGUCAAUGUAAACCCCCUUCUAACUAACUGCUUUGUCUAUUUCACACAUGCAUUUUGUUUUAAGUACUGUAAAAAAAAAAAAAAAAAAAAAUCCUGAUUCAUUGGACGCUCCGAUAUUUCAUAUUUUCAUUCUCGUGUUUGCCAACUUUAUGCAACUUCUAAGUGACACUAUACUCCUGCGUAUAUCAAGCCAAUAAUGUAUUUAACACAGUACUUUACCGUGAUCAUGUUUAACAGACAUCUGGACAGAAAGAGGAAAUAUACUCUUUCUUAUAACAAUCACAUUCACGUUUCUACAAAGACACAGUGUCCAGUGCUGUGGCUGUCGCAAUGUUUGUAAAAUGCAUCAUGGUGAUUACUCUACCUUUUAUUAUUGUUUGCUAAAAUACCACUAUGGACUCUUUUUAAUUGAUCCUUUUAGAAGAAGUGUUGAUGUAGAUGAAAGUCAGGUGAUUAUUGCUGCAUGCUGUUUUUUGCGCUAUAGAUAAUCUCCAUAUCACCUGAAAUCAAUAAACACCGAUGUAACCCUCUCACAGUGGAGGUUAAGCAGUUAAACCAUCCGCUUUUAUGAUGAUUUGUAUUUGCUUUUAAAGAAACGGAUCCCCCCUGUGUAUCACUGAGCCAGAGAUUGGUUGUUGUUGCUUUUUUAAUGUUAACAAAGUUCAUGGAGCAUUAGUGAAGUCCGAGCCAUAAUGGGAGCGUUGUAAAAUCAGUUACAAGUCCUCAAGUGCCCGCAGUGGCAUAUCGUCCUUAGUAUUCAGUAUUUCCAGGUUAUCCUAGGUGUUGAAGCUCUUUAUCAGUGCUGGUUGUAAUUAGAUGGGUUAGUUAUGAUACCUUCAGUAAGCAUCUGGUGUUUUGAUGGUCACAAAAACCUCCUGACUUUGUGAGUUGCUGAUCUAGGCAGCAAUCUAGCUCAAGUUAUUACAGAUGGAAUAUGAAUGCUGUUAAAAUCCAAUACCAGUUAGGAUUGAUGCUGUUUUAGCAGGCAACUUGCACUCAUUGAAUGUACAACAAGCACAGUAACGGUCAAAAGAGAGUCAGUUAUUAGAACUUUGAAAGCUGGUUCUAGAAAAUACUUAUAGUGCUAAAAUUCCAUCCAAAUGCUGACUUUCCCUCUGAAUACAACAAUUCUCGUACAAUUGGCAUGGCUUUCCUUUGUAAAUAGAAAUUUGCCCUUAAAACCCAAGAUAUUCAGCUCAAAAGGAAUGGCUUACUACUGGAAUGUCAUUUUAUUUUACAGAAAGAAAUGCACAAAAAUAUAAAAAUUGUGAAAAAGAAGAAAAAAACAACACUUUUGACACUCUGUAGUUCUUUAGUACUAUGAAGGCCAACUAACUAACGCACCUGUAAAUAAAGAGUUUAACUUACUUACAAAAAUAAAUAGUGACACACUCUUAGUCUAGAAGUUGUGAUGUUAUGCAUAUAUUUUUGUGUUCGUCGUCUUCUUUUCCUGUCACUUUUCCAUGAAAAGACACAAAACGGAGGGCAAAUAGACCUAAAAUCCUCCGUCAUUAAUUUUGUGCUCUUUGUCGUGCUCACAUGUGAAAAAGCUUCUUAAUGUCUAUAUGAAGAAUCUAAAUAGAUCUAUUAUCUGUGUGUGUGCUGAUGCUGUAAUCCUGCUGUAACAUCUCUGAUAAGACGCUUUGAGUCCCGGCCCCUGUGUGCUACUUGCAUUUUCUAUGCUAAUAUUUAUAUUGCUGUGUUAUUAUUUUUGUUUUCUUUUUUCUUUUCUUGAACACUGACAUUUCAAAUAAAAAGUUCUCAAAUCAUU